CUUUCAUGAUGCCAUCACCCAACUAAAGGAUGGUAUCUCGCGAGACGCGGGUUCAUUGAUGGCAGCUCUUUGGUCCAACGUGGAGGAGAGUCAAGUAAAUCCUCUGAUAUUGUGUCACCGGGGCCAAUCACAGGCAGCCACUGCCCUCAAACACACGCGUUCUGUUGGCGAGCAGCCACGGCAGCCCCCCACCUCGACGCUGGUGAACCACGACAGCCAUUCGCCCCUCCCCUUGUAGCCUUCAUUACGUCACAACGGAGAAAUAUGUCCUUCAACGGCGGCACUGGGCGGCCAGCAUGUGAGAAUUCCUUUCCCACUCAUGUCGGUACGAGAUGAGCAGCUACUUCCAGCUGAUUCUUUGAGCAGCUAGCAGCAACUCCCGGUGUCCCCAGCUGGCAGAUCAUUGCUCCCCUGCCAAAAAAAAACAAGCAGAGGUAAAACCCACUUAUAGCUAGAUUAGGUAGCAGUGACGUCUUGGACUCUUUCUUUCACAGACCCACAAACAAACCAACAGUGAACGUCUGGAACCGACCCUCCAACGUCCGCCAAUAUACUGCGCUUUGCACCUUCAACUUCCUCCUUCUCUCCUCUUCCUCUCCAUACCAAUUUGAUACCCAACCACCAUCACCAACCGCGAUAUUUUCCUCAGCCAGCAAAGAGGCAUCUCCUUUCCCGCCUUUACACAUCUACAACUACAACAUCUUGCUGAAGAAAAAAUAACACCAUCAUCAUGAGGAUCGCCAAAGCGCUCCUGUCGUUGGCCCUCGUGGCUGACGCAGCUAUCGCUAGCUCUUGGUUUUCCAAUGCUGCCUACAACAAGUGGCACGAGACUGAGCUUGAGCGUUGGCUCUCCGAUCACGAUGUCCCCUAUCCCACUCCUGCCGACCGCAAGGAUCUCGAGAAGCUUGUCCAGAAGAACUGGGAGUCGCAUGUCGUAACACCAUACAACAGCUGGGACGCUGCCCAGCUUAAUAGCUAUCUCAAGCAGAAGGGUGUCGAGACCAAGGAUUCCGCCCAGGCCAGCCGCGAUUCUCUCAUCAGCCAGGUGAAGGGCUACUGGUACGAAACGGAGGACAAGGCUCAAACCGCCUGGACCAAUGUCAAGGACUGGAUUCUGGACAGCUGGACCGACAGCCAGCUAAAGGCCUUCUGCGAUCGUUAUGGUAUUCCUGUUCCCCAACCCCGCACCCGUGAUACUCUCCUUCAGAAGGCUAGGGUCGCUUACGAAACCGCUGCUCAAAAGGCCGGUGAGACUGCUGCCUACCCUGGCAACUGGUUGUACGAGACCUGGUCCGAGUCUGAUCUCAAGGAGUGGCUUGAUACCCAUGGCAUCCCGGCUCCUCAACCUACCACCCGCGACAAGCUCAUUGCCUCUGUCCGCCGCAACUCCCGACUUGCCUCGCUUCGCAUGCAGGAGCAGAAGGCUGCUGCUCAGAAGAAGGCUCAGGAAGCUUAUGCCACCCUCACUGACAAGGUUAUUGACGCCUGGAGCGAGUCUCAGUUGAAGGAGUUCUGCGACAAGAAUAGCAUCCCCGUUCCUCAAGGUACCAAGCUCAACCAGCUCCGCUCUCUUGUCCGCAAGCACCGCGCUGAGAUCAUGGGUGACACCGUUGCCUCAACCGCUGCCUCCGCCUAUGGUGCUGCUACUUCCAACGUUGGCGAGAACGUUGCCAAGGCUACUGAUGUCACUUCCCAGGCCGCUCUGGAUGCCUUCAACGCUGCCGUCAACACCUGGUCUGAGAGCCGUCUCAAGGGCUACCUUGACGCCCGUGGAGUCCCCGUUCCUCAGGGAUCCAAGACUGAUGAGCUUCGUGCGCUCGUACGCAAGCAUGCCCACAAGGCUGCUACCGGCUGGAGCGCCUGGACCUGGGACGAUCUGACCCUCGACAACCUCAAGGCCUACCUCGCUUCCUCUGGAGACGCUGCGGCGAAGAAGGCUGGUGAGAAGGCUGGCGCUACUCGCGAGGAGCUUGUCCAGGCUGCCAACGCUGCCUACGCAUCUGCUUCUUCUGCCGGUGGUAACUCCUUUGCCUCUGCUACCAGCUACCUUUCUCAUGCCACCGACAAUGCCAAGGCUGCUACCUUUGAUACCUGGAGCGAGAGUGAUCUCAAGGCCUACUUGGACAGCUAUGGCAUUCCCGUCCCUCAGGGUUCAAGUCUCAAUGAGAUCCGUGCCCUUGCUCGUCGCCAGUGGACUUACUACAAGUACGGCACCUCGUCUCCUUCCGAGACCAUCUUCGCUAAGAUCAAGGAAAACGUCUUGAGCGGCUGGGACUGGGUCACCGGUCAGGUCAUGGCUGGCUCUGAUGCCGCCAAGAAGAAGGCUGAGGAGGGCCGUGCCAAGGCGCAUAAGGAGCUCUAAGCUGGCUUCCCUCAGCCUACAUCACAUCACGACAAGGAACUCUGUCAAGGCCGUGCAUUCUGAUCGGGAUUGACGCCGAGUUUCAUCUCUGUACAACAUUUCUUAGGGUGGAUACUCUUUGACCACCACACAUGAUGGCAUUGACACGGGACAAAACUGGCUUGGAGGGUUACGAGUGGUUAUCAUUCAGGGGCUGCGGGUUUUUGCAGCAAAUGUUAAUACUCGGGGUUAUGUCUGGAGUUGGUCGUUGUUUUCUUUUUAGGUAGUUUCGUCUAUCGGCCUCCAUAGCAGGGGUAAUGAAACUUUGUGAAAUU